UAUGCCCGCGCCGGCAGCGGGCGGCGUGAAGGGAAGCGGCGUCUCCCGGCGCCGGUUGGCCGUGAGGAGCGUUUGCUGACCGAAACCGCCGGUGCCGAUUGCGCGGCGGACAGCGGUGUCUGAGGGAGCAUGCAGGGGUAGCUCCGGCCGCAGCCCCUCGCACCGCCCCUCGCCCGACCUCGGCGCUCGCGGCGGAGCUGGCUUCGGGCGGCCCGAAGAUGUUCAGCUGGCUGGGCACCGACGACCGCCGGAGGAAGGACCCCGAGGUGUUCCAGACAGUCAGCGAGGGUCUGAAGAAGCUCUACAAAACCAAACUGCUGCCCCUGGAGGAGCACUACAAGUUCCACGAGUUCCACUCGCCCGCCCUGGAGGAUGCCGACUUCGACAACAAGCCCAUGGUGCUGCUGGUGGGGCAGUACUCCACCGGGAAGACCACCUUCAUCAGGUACCUGCUGGAGCAGGAUUUCCCGGGAAUGAGGAUUGGACCAGAGCCUACAACUGACUCCUUUAUAGCUGUGAUGCAAGGAGAUGUGGAAGGAAUUGUUCCUGGAAAUGCACUGGUGGUGGAUCCCAAAAAACCAUUCAGGAAACUUAAUGCCUUUGGCAAUGCCUUUUUGAACAGGUUUGUAUGUGCCCAGCUACCUAAUCCUGUAUUAGAGAGCAUCAGUGUCAUUGAUACACCAGGAAUCCUUUCUGGAGAAAAGCAGAGAAUUAGCAGAGGUUAUGACUUUGCUGCUGUGUUGGAGUGGUUUGCAGAGCGGGUUGACCGCAUCAUUCUCCUUUUUGAUGCGCACAAGCUGGACAUCUCUGAUGAAUUCUCAGAGGUCAUCAAGGCCCUGAAGAACCACGAGGACAAGAUGAGAGUUGUUCUCAACAAAGCUGACCAGAUAGAGACCCAGCAACUGAUGAGGGUGUACGGUGCUCUCAUGUGGUCCCUGGGAAAGAUUGUCAACACACCGGAGGUCAUCAGAGUCUAUAUUGGCUCCUUCUGGUCCCAUCCGUUGCUCAUCCCUGAUAACCGCAAGUUGUUUGAGGCAGAGGAGCAGGACCUGUUCAGGGAUAUCCAGAGCCUCCCCCGCAACGCAGCCCUAAGGAAGCUGAACGAUCUUAUCAAGCGGGCACGGCUGGCCAAGGUCCAUGCCUACAUCAUCAGUUCCUUAAAGAAGGAAAUGCCUUCAGUGUUUGGGAAAGACAAUAAAAAAAAAGAGCUUAUUAACAACUUGGGAGAGAUUUAUGCCCGCAUUGAACGAGAGCAUCAGAUCUCACCAGGAGACUUCCCUAAUCUGAGAAAGAUGCAGGAUCAGUUGCAGGCCCAGGAUUUUAGCAAGUUCCAGCCUCUGAAGAGCAAGCUGCUGGAGACUGUGGAAGACAUGCUGGCUAAUGACAUCGCCCAGCUCAUGGUGCUUGUACGCCAGGAGGAAUCACAGCGGCCUACCCAGAUGGUGAAGGGAGGAGCCUUUGAGGGCACCCUGCAUGGUCCAUUUGGCCACGGCUAUGGUGAAGGCGCUGGCGAAGGGAUCGAUGAUGCUGAGUGGGUGGUGGCCAGAGACAAGCCCAUGUAUGAUGAGAUCUUCUACACACUGUCACCUGUCGAUGGUAAAAUAACUGGUGCCAAUGCAAAGAAGGAGAUGGUAAGGUCUAAGUUGCCUAACACAGUGCUGGGCAAGAUCUGGAAACUGGCUGACAUCGACAAAGAUGGCAUGCUGGAUGAUGAGGAGUUUGCCUUGGCAAAUCAUCUCAUUAAAGUCAAGUUGGAGGGUCACGAGCUGCCAAACGAGCUCCCUUCCCAUCUCCUCCCUCCAUCCAAAAGGAAAAUAACAGAAUGAAAGGAAGGUUACAGGGGACAGGGAAAUGGAGGGGAGAAAGAUCUAGAGAAAUGUUUACUUAAAUUAUACCUUUAGAUGUGAGAUUGCCUUUCAAUGUAUACCUAUUCUGCUGUAUGAAGAAAAAAAACUAAAGCAGAGCAGAAGUCCAAAUCUUCAUGAUAAUAUGCAAUUAAUUCUUCCAGUGUAAUGUCCCCGAUUUCUAAUGUGUAGUGUGUAAACAUGGAGGUAAAGAAAGGAUCUUGAGAUUAGAAGAAAUUGAGUAGCAAAAAUAGAAGGAAAACUCAAGAGGGCUGCAUCUUCUCAGAGAAAGCACUAAUAGAAACCUGCUAGCUACUGGUGCCACUCCUGAGCUUUGGCCACACAUUGUGGUCUUUACUGGUUUUGCAAACCUCAGGAGGCUGAGAUCCUUGACAGUGAAGAAGAAAGAUCUCCAAGCUGUCGACCAAAUUAAGGAAUACCUCCUAAUAAUAAGAAAUACCAAAUUCUAAGUCCCUCGGUUAAAAAGUUUUAGGAAUCUGGUUCAUUGUUAGAUGCAAGUCCUUAAAAUGACAAUAAAAAAAAAGAAACAGCUCUGAACUGUG